AUGGCGAAACCAAUCAGGAAGAAGAACCUGCAUUGGCUUCACUCUGAAGAUACUCACUCUAGCGACUUCCCACCACCUUUUGUGCCUCAGGAAAACAGUAUCUCGUGGUUGUAUGAUGAACUUGAUAAACACUGGCGGCAUUGGUUGCCAGCAGGUGUGUCUCACACUGUUCGUCGCGGCGCCUUCUAUUCGGUCCUGGUUCGACCAGGUUUCAGAAUUCUCUCGAUAAACAUGAAUUAUUGUAAUAAUAAGAACUGGUGGUUACUAAUCAAUAGCACAGAUCCGGUUAGCGAGCUGCAGUGGCUUUUGUAUGAGCUGCAAGGUGCCGAAAUCAAUGGCGAGAAGGUGCACAUAAUUGGCCACAUCCCUCCCGGACAUUCUGAUUGCCUUAAGGUGUGGUCGAGAAAUUAUUAUCACAUAAUUAAUCGCUAUGAAUCAACAAUCACGGCACAGUUCUUUGGACAUACACAUUACGACGAGUUUCAAAUAUUCUAUGAUACAUCAGAUCUUGGUAGAGCGCUCAGUAUCGCCUACGUUGGUCCUUCGGUCUCACCAUAUUAUGAUCUCAAUCCAGGCUACAGAAUAUAUUACGUUGAUGGAGAUCAUUCCAAGACUACAAGAAUGGUCGUCGAUCAUGAGAGCUGGGUCAUGAAUCUAAAGGAAGCGAAUCUUUAUGAUUAUCCGAUCUGGUAUAAGUUGUAUAGCGCGCGACAAGCCUACCAAAUGGCAUCACUUUUGCCUAAGGACUGGGACUCACUAAUUGACAAGAUGACUAAUGAGCCGGCCCUCUUUGAUCUUUACUAUAAACAUUAUUAUAAGAAUUCUCCGGUGCGAUCAGCAUGCAAUGAUGAGUGUCGCAAGAGAUUGCUCUGCGAUCUACGCAGUGGAAGAAGCCACGAUCGAAAGGCGUUAUGUCAAAAUUUGGAAGCGAGGAUCGACGAUGAAACAAGAACGGGCUGGCGUGCGUGGAUAUACAAGGGACUGGCACUGUCAGGUUUCUUCAUGAAAUAUAUUGCAUCGUAAUCACGUUUUAUGCGCUCCUUCAUGUGUUGACUAUAUCAAAAUAAA